UGCCGAUUUGAGGUACAGAGCAACAUUUGCUUUAAGUACAAAUGGCACGCGACCAUCAGGAAUCUCCCGUGAAGCUCAAGACACAAUGUUAUGGCUUAAAGCCUACGAGGGCUCGAAAGCGAGCGUAACGAGAAGAUACCUCGCAGUCAGUCAGAAGAUUCAAACCUUUUCGUCAGCUACGUCGUUCGAUCUAGACUCAUUAUGCUAGAAUUCAUCAUGCACGAUAUCGCUCAAAGUUGUUGCACUUUCCCCUUCACGUGAUAGACUGGACUCGUCACAGGCAGCAAAUUUAAAGAGGCAGUGGGAAAAUGAGCUCAGGACUUAUCCUGCAAGAAUCAAGAACGAACCGAGCAGGAGAAUCUUCAGAGAGAGUAGUGGAAAUAUCAAUGGUCUCACGAAGAAAAUAUCUGGCCAUGAGCAUUUAUGUGCUUCAUGCGGUCGUUAGCGGUCACACAUUCAAUCCAGAGCUCUCCUCCGAGAUCCCCAACCAGCACAGACUUUGAACACACACAACCCAGUGGCAUGAGCCCCGAAAGCCAGUGAUUGCCAGAAGGAAGUAUUAUAGUGUGCCAAAUAUUCAAGCGACUGUUUCAACAGUUCCAACAGUUUCAGCUUCCGUCACCUCCGGCCUCAAUCAAGGCCACAUACAACGAGCCUGCUGAAGGGCCCUGUGCAGUUUCGACGUGUCACGUGCUCUGAUGGCCAGACUUGUUAUACAGAAAGAGAGCAAUUAUCAUCGAAAAUCGAGAUCACAAAUCGAUCCAAUCUUGUGGUCCAGAAAAAUCCUCACUGGCCUCCGCGAAUGAGACGUGCCGAAUCUUCACCAUUUUGUAAAGACACAACCAUGGUGUCUUGACUCCUUGAAGUGCGCUACAACGAGAAGUAGAAGCCCAGGAACGUCGUUUCUCCUGCUGAUUCUGCCCCUCUUUAUUCCUAAUAACCAGACGUAGCAAAAGUAUGUCUAAUUGAAUCAUUGAGGGGGAAUGCAAACGAGUAAAAAAGACAAAAAGCUUCGUCACCGGCCAUAGGGUCGAUACCAAGUGCACAGAAGUCGCCUGAUUAUAAUUCCUUGUUUUCGUUCCCUGCUGUACAUUGCCAUCGAAGUCUUGCGUUGGGCUAAAAUUGACACCUUUUCCAUGGAUCACGAUUUUUCAAACGACGACAACUACAGUUUUGAAAUGUGCCUCCCUAUCGAGUGCAAAAGUCAAGUGGCUCCCUGUUCUCCUCGUAGGGCUCAGAACAAACAAAACUGGACAAAUCAUGAAGAGAUGGCCGGAAAGUCUCGAUCGGGCAGAUCAACUUGCAAGCAAGCCGGCGAACAAAACAAAAUGCACCGAACGAGGACGUCGCGGCCAUUGAUGUGAGAAGGGAGAGCAACAACAACAACAACAACAUUAUGAUGAGAUGAUAGAAUACAAAAGGAACAAGUUGGAAAUGACGAUGAUCAAGAGAGUGUUGCCAAGAAGCUUCUGUUCUCCACGAGAGGCCGUUUGACCAUUCGACCAUUCGGCUUUAUUUCCAGUAAAGCGCGCAACGUCCCACACGCGUCCGCCCUACUUCUCCCGGACAUCCAUCCGACCGAUGUACUCCAACGGGCCGACGCCGUCGAAUCCCCACAUCGUUCAUCAUCAACUGCGAGCUCCUCGACGUCAAUCCGUCGACG